AUGGGACGCGCCGAAAUAAUUCGUUUGAUUUUUGCGCAAGCCGACGUGCCGUAUGAAGACAUCCGGAUCAAAAAAGAGGAUUGGCCAACCAAAUUCAAGCAAAAGAUGCCAUUUGGUCAAGUUCCAGUUUUGGAGGAGGACGGCAAGAUGCUGUCCCAGUCAACAGCCAUCGCAAUGUAUUUAGCGAGAAAGUUUGGUCUGACUGGUGAGAAUCAGUGGGAAGAGGCACAGGUAGAAGAACUAUUCGAGGCCGCGAAUGAUUUAAUUUCGCAUAAGGAGCUAAUGGCCGAAUUUGAAAAAGAACAUCUUAUCCCGAUGUUUAAUCGGCUGGAAAACAUUCUGGUCAGGAAUGGAACCGGCUACUUUGUUGGCAAAAAGUUAACAGCAGCCGACCUGAAUAUGCUGUGCAUUUUUGGACUGUUCAGCUCGAUGUUUCCGAACUCAGCAGCUGAGCACACACAUCUUAAUCAAUUCAAAGAACGGAUUAUGGCUCUACCGAAGAUCAAGAAAUGGAUUGAAAUCAGACCUAAGACUGAUUUAUGA